AUGAUCAAGGCUACCCUCUUUGUCGCUCUCUUCGCCGCUCUGGCCGCCGUUGGCACCGCCAACGCCGUUCCUGCCAGCAACAACAUUGAUAUCCUGGUCAACAAGGCCCCGAGCCCCUGCCAGCACCUCCUUGCCGAGUUUGCCGACAUCAUCGAGAAUGAGCGCGACCGCUGUGAUGAUGACGCCAUUGAGAUCGCUGUUGAGCUUGGUCGUUGCAUUGUCUGGGCUGCCGACAAGUACGACGGCAAGCCGGUCGACACCUCCAAGGCCUUCGAGGACUGCUCGGAGAUUGCCAUCAAGCAUCGCGACUGGUGCAAGAAGCACGAGCCCGACUCGGAUGCCGCCGAGUACGAGCUCCACGAGGAGUACUGCUACACUCGCUACCAGACCUACGCCGGGAACAAGAGCUUCCCCAAGAAGGGCUGCGAUAACCUGGCCCUCGAGAAGAUUGAGGCCAAGCUCGAGAAGAACUGCAUCUCCGGCGGCUUCGCCGGUGUCUCUCUCGACUCCCUGUGCAACAACAAGAAGUGCAUUGCCGCCAUGGAGGAGGCUCACGAGUGUGGCAUGGACCGCUACGCCUCUCCUCACUCCGUUUGCGCUCUCCUCAACAACACCUACUCCUUCUCGGUCUUCUGCCCGGAGGACACCGUUGGCUACAAGACCUUCACCAAGUUCGACUGCAAGGUCCCUGCUCACGUCUACGACUACAGCGAGAAGACCACCGACCUCAAGCCCAUCGAGCCUGCCCCCGCCGAUAACAACUAAAAGGAAAGAGUCCCUCCAGUUUUCCGGCUUCCUACGGUUCUCUCCGUUUCCCCGCCCUCCUCCCUUCCUUCUUCUCUCAAUGCGUUGCCUGUUGCCCCUGUGCCUGGCAGAUAUGCAUUUGAUGAUGCCAUACCCAAGGAGAAGCUCUAGGAAUCCUCUCUCCCCCGUGCCCCCAUCUCCUUGCAUGCAUUCAGAUGCAAUCAACAAAUAUACGCAUUCUCCCUCCCCCCCC